AUACACAACCCACACAUCCCCAUCCUUUCCCCUACUCAUCAGCUUGUUCAGCUCAGCUCCCCAGCUAGCUUUCCCCUCUCUGCAGCUUGCCUAACCCAACAAGCUAAGCAAGCACUCACCAGUCACCACACACACUCUCUAGCUGCCUCUCGCACACACCAACAUCGGCCAAGAAACGGGGUAGAUCGAUCGACAUGGGAGAUCAUGCUGCAGAGAUGUUGCACGCUGCUCCGGCCAUGUACAACGGCGGUGGCGGCGCUGCCUCUCAUGGCAGCUGGUGGAACACGGCGGUGCCUGCGGCAACGUGUUCGACGGAGCUUGCCGCGUUCAGCACGUGGUCGUCCGCCCUUGCUGCUAGCUACGACAUGGCCGAGGGCGGCAAGGCCAAGAGUACCACCACGGCCUCGUCGGAGUCGCCCGGGAACAACAGCUCCGUGACGUUCCAAGAACCGACCAACAUCGCCGAUCCUGCCGGCGUAGGCUCCGCCGUGCCCCAGCAGGCUCUUGCUGGUUACACCGAGUGGACCCAUCCAUACAUGAGCAGUGGUGCUACUUUGCAUGGGUUUCUGCAAGAUGGCCACCAUGACAUGAGCUCAAGAACUGACCAGAGCCACAUGACCACAUCAAGCUUGAUGAACCCCUCAUCCAAUAACCUAACCCUGCAAGGCCACCAAGAGCAGGACCAUCACCAGCAGCUGCUGUCGAACCUCGGAUCCGAGCUACUCUUGUCGCCGACCUCACCCUACGAGUUCCAGUCGUCGCUGCUGAGAAGCCUCAUGGAGCCGAUGGCGACAGCGGCGAAGCCGGUUUUGCCGGGGUUUCAACAGUAUGAUCAAUACCAGCAGAUGGGCCAGGUGCCACAAGCCGCAGCGAGGUUUGCGCCGGCAGGUUUCACGGAGCCACUCCAGUUCACCAACGACACGCCGUUCUGGAACCCUUCAGCUGCUGGGUUCGGCGUGCCGGCGGCGGCGCCUGAUCAGGCUAGCAUACGUUCUGUCAAACCAUCGCCGGCGCCGCGUGCAGCAACCCUUGCAUUAAAGACUGCGUUGGAAGGAGUAGGAGAAUCUAGUUCAAUCAUCACUAAGAAGGAGAGCGGAGAGCCGGCGUUCAAGAAACCGAGGCUCGCGACGCCGUCGCCAUUGCCAACCUUCAAGGUUAGGAAGGAGAAGCUAGGGGACAGGAUCACUGCACUCCAACAACUAGUCGCUCCUUUUGGAAAGACGGAUACGGCAUCGGUGCUCCAUGAGACAAUCGAGUACAUCAAGUUCCUCCACGACCAAGUUAGUGUCCUUAGUGCUCCGUACUUGAAGAACAAUGGCCAUCGAGUGCCCCCCUUGAAGAGCUCAAGCACUGACAAGUCCAAGGACAGUCAUGGAGAGAUAUCACUCAAGGGCCGGGGGCUGUGCCUGGUCCCGAUAUCGAGCACGUUCGCGGUGGCUAGCGAGGUGCCCGUCGACUUCUGGACUCCAUUUGGUGCCAACUUUAGGUAGACGAAGGCUGGAACAGCUCUGAUCAGAAGCGUCGAACGAAUAGCUAGCUACCGCAGAUCGACCUGCGAUGUUUCUUGAUCUCGUCUAGUAGUGUAUGAUCAUCAUAAUCCAUAACUAUAGUACUAAGCAGCUCUGGCAAUAACAGAGGAUAGCACUGAGCUAGCUAGAUGAACCUUUGGAAUGAGUGCUUGAAGACUUGGAUUCAUUCUCCAGGUUCAUCACAGAAUAAGGGAUCAGCUAAUAUAACCGAGAGGACAAAAUCUGUACUGAUCGUCGUCAUCAGGUUCUAAUUAUGAUUGGUUGUUAGGUUGCAUCAUUGAGUAGUUGCGAAAGGAUUUGUUAAAGAUGUGUAAUGGUUUUAGUUUAAACUAGUGAUGGAUCAAAGUGUGUAGCAGGUUUCUAUUGAUUGUGUACUAGUACCAAAUAAAAGUGGCAUCUCUCUUUGAUUGA